AUGAAUCCAAAUACAACUUCUCCAAAAUUAUUAUGUACAUUAGGAAUUCAUACUGGAUCAGUACUCUGUGUUAGAUGGUCUAAUCGUAAUGGACAUUUUUUUGCAUCAGGAUCUGAUGAUGACCUCAUCCUUAUAUGGCAAUUAGAUGCAGCUGCAGUUAGUUGGGGAGGCGGUAGUACUUUUGGAAGCGGUGAACAAAAUAUCGAAGUUUGGAAACCAAUUAGACGUUUAGCUGGUCAUGAAUCAGAUGUAGCAGAUUUAUCUUGGUCACCUGAUAAUACAUAUUUGGCUUCCUGUGGAUUUGAUAGUACAGUUUAUAUAUGGAAUUGUCAAACUUCUGAGAGACUACAUAAACUGGAAGGUCAUAGUGCUUUUGUAAAAGGUGUUUCAUGGGAUCCUAUCGGUGAAUACUUGGCUACACAGUUAAGAUUUGGCGAACUAGUGAUUGGAAAUUGGUCACCAGAAGGUUCUCAUCUAGCAAUUCCUAAUGCUUGUCAGGGGUCUGUGCCUGUUGCAAUAGCUCUCCGUAGAGAUGAAUGGAAAAUCGAUGUUUCAAUGAUUGGCCACGAAUCUCCAACAGAAGUUGUUUGUUUUAGUCCAAUUCUUUAUCAUAUUCGAGAUCAAGAUCGUGGAACCAUUGUUGGUGGUGUUUGUGCAAUUGGAAGUCAAGAUCAUGGUGUAUCCAUUUGGGCAACAUCUUCUUCUCACCCAUUAUUAGUCUUUAAACAAUUAUUCACACAUUGUAUCUUAGAUUUAUCGUGGUCACCUGAUGGAAGAUUUCUUUUUGCUUGUUCAUAUGAUGGAACUGCCACAAUACUGGAAUUUAAAAAAAAUCAAUUUGGUGAACCAUUGAAACCUGAAGAACAAGAAAGAAUUUUAUCGAAACAUGGUUACAAACCAAAAGAACCAAGAAGAGCUGAAGAAGAAAAAUGUAAAGCUGAAAGGUUUAGACUGCAACACAGACAAGUUGAUUUAGAAAUUAGUAGUGCUGCCAUCACUACGAAUCAAAGACCUUCACUUACACUAUCUAUUCCUUCAUUCCCAACCAUUUCUUCAUCACCAACUGUUACGAAUAAUCAUCAAUCAUUUUCAAUUCCUAAUAGUGGUAUAGAAUAUUCUCAUCAUUCAGCAUCCCCUUUAAAUCACCAUCAUUAUUUACAAAGUCCAAAUA